CUUUUCUCCUAGCAAGGUGGCAACGCUGCGGCAGUGCGAAAAAAGUAAACAAUUUGGCGAGUGGCGCAAUGACGGAAAAUAGUUCUAGCGAAGGUAAAGAGGAACAUUUAGUAAUUGGAGGAGAUGUCAUAGCAUCCGAAGUAUCACCUCAAAUAACUGACACGUCCCCGGUGGCUAUACCCAUUGUCGAUAUCGAGGACACGCACUCCCUGGACUCGGCCAGCGUCUUUAGCUCGACAACAACAACAACAACACGCAGUAAAAGCAAAUCCCCUAAUACACGAAAACUAAGAAGAUUGUGUCGACGGGCGAAGGUGCCAAAAAUGGUGCAGCCUUCAUACAAAUAUAGCCAUCAUGUGCGCGAGGAUCACAAUCAUCAAAUAUUUGGCGUUCAGUUCAAUCCCCAUCUGGAUAGAAGCCAAGCCGUGUUCGCCACUGUGGGUAAAGAUCGUGUCUCUAUUUAUGAAUGCGUUAAAAAUAAUAUUGAAGCCGAGUCUGGCGAUGCAGACACCAUACGUUUGCUGCAGGUUUAUGCAGAUCCGGAUACAGAUGAAAGUUUCUACACUUGUGCUUGGUCUUAUGAUGCUGCAACCGGUGAUCCGGUUCUGGCAGCAGCUGGUUAUCGUGGCGUAAUACGUAUUUUCAAUAUCAUCAAGCAUCAGUGCGCGAAGAAUUAUAUUGGCCAUGGGCAUGCGAUAAAUGAAUUGAAAUUUCAUCCAAUUUUACCGCAAUUGUUGCUCUCGGGCAGCAAGGAUCACUCUUUGCGCUUGUGGAAUAUACAAACGGAUGUUUGUGUCGCUGUUUUCGGCGGCGUCGAGGGCCAUCGGGACGAAGUGCUAUCAAUCGAUUUCGAUUUGAGAGGCGAUCGCAUUAUGUCCAGCGGCAUGGAUCAUUCGCUUAAGCUUUGGCGCCUCAAUAAGCCCGAAAUUAAGGAGGCCAUUGAGCUAAGCUCGAGCUUUAAUUCCAGCAAAAAUACGGCACCAUUUCCUACUAUAAAGGAGCAUUUUCCAGACUUCUCCACUCGAGACAUUCAUCGCAAUUAUGUGGACUGCGUUCAGUGGUUUGGUGAUUUUAUAUUUUCCAAGUCGUGUGAGAACUCGAUUGUGUGCUGGAAGCCGGGUAAGUUGUUUGCACAGCGCCAUGAGAUCAAGCCACAGGAUUCGACAACUGUUCUCCAUCAUUUCGAUUAUAAAAUGUGCGAGAUUUGGUUUGUGCGGUUCGCGUUUAAUGCGUGGCAAAAAGUCCUCGCUUUGGGCAAUCAGCUGGGCACAACAUUUGUCUGGGAGCUGGACUCAAAUGAUCCGAACUUGACCAAAUGCAGCCAACUUGUACAUCCCAAAUGCACGUCAACCAUUAGACAAACUUCAUUCUCCAAGGAUGGAUCUAUUUUGAUUUGUGUAUGUGAUGAUAGCACAGUUUGGCGCUGGGAUCGCGUUAAUUAAGAUACAUAUAUCAGAACUAAAAU